CAACGUCACCCCAGCCUGCGACUCGACUUGAUCGUUCGGCCGCGAAUAGACAAGGAACAGGCACAGAGCGCGUAAGUGACAGGACACGGGUGGAAAAUGCGCGGGUCCAGGGUGCCUCUGAGGAUCCUCCAGGUGAUUGCGUUCGCAUUCCUCAGUCUCGUAAGUGGUGGCAGUAGGAAGUUCUUCGGCAGACUCUAUGGAAACAAUGCGCCGGAGAGGCCGCUCCUGGGCAGCCUGCCGUAUCUGCCCCGUGGAGUCAUCAACUUCUUCCUGGAGGGCGAGAGAUUCAGGAAUGAAAAAACGAGAGACACGACGCCAAUGACGUUCGCGGAAUACGACUUCGUGGUGAUCGGAGCCGGAACUGCUGGUGCAGCGGUGGCCUCCAGACUCAGCGAGAUUCCUGAGGUUACCGUCCUCCUGAUCGAGGCUGGAGGGGAAGAGAGCCUGCUGAUGGACGUUCCUCUUCUGGUGAACUACCUUCAGUUCAGCAACGACGUCAACUGGAAAUACCAGACCGAACCGUCGAGCACGUAUUGCCUGGGGAUGAAGGAUCGCCGCUGCAACCUGCCGAGGGGAAAGGUCAUGGGCGGAAGUAGUGUCCUCAAUUACAUGAUAGCGACGAGGGGCAACUCCAAGGAUUACGAUCGCUGGGCUGACCUCGGGAACCACGGCUGGUCCUAUGACGAAGUCUUGCCGUACUUCAAGAAGAUGGAAGCCAUGGCAAUUCCAGGAUUACGACGGGAUACGGAAAUGCACGGCACAAACGGACCUGUCAAUAUCGAUUACAUCCCUUAUCACACGCCCGUUGCCGAGAGUUUCCUGGAAGCUGGCCUCGAGGCCGGAUUCAAGAUCCUCGACUACAACGGUAGGAAUCAAACCGGAUUCUCCUAUCUUCAAACGACGACGAAGAACGGUAUGCGCCUGAGCAGCAACAAAGCUUACCUACAGCCGGCGAGGAACCGGAAGAACCUCUUCGUCACCAAGAACAGCCUGGUCAGCCAAAUUCUAAUAGACAAGCCGACCAACAGAGCAAUCGGCGUCAAGUUCCUCAAGCACCGGAGAGAAAUAGUGGUGAGAGCGAGGAAGGAAGUGAUCUUGUGCGCAGGCGCGAUAGCGUCGCCUCAGCUGCUGAUGUUGUCGGGGGUCGGUCCCGCGGCUCAUCUUCGGGAGAUGGGCAUAGCGCCAGUCAAGGACGCUCCGGUAGGUGAAAAUUUCCAGGAUCACAUAGCCUACGGCGGACUGGUCUUCCUGAUCGAUAAACCGAUAUCGAUUUUGACCAGGGACAUAAUAAAUCCACUGAAUCCGUAUCUGCGGGAUUAUCUCGAUAGAAAAACUGGUCCCUUGUCUGUACCGGGAGCCUGCGAGGCUCUGGCCUUCCUGAACGUGACCAGCACGCCCGAAGACUUUCCUGACAUGGAAUUGCUGUUCCUCGGUGCCUCCCCUUUGUCCGAUCCGUCGUUGCAUUAUGCGAUUGGCAUAAGUGAGGAAUUGUGGAGAGCAGCUUUUGCCAAGUACGAAGGACGUUACUCGUGGAUGGUCGCGCCGAUGAUCCUCAGACCCAAAAGCCGCGGUCGGAUACUUCUGAGGGACAAGAAGAUCUUCAGCAAGCCCAGGAUCAUAGCGAACUACCUGGAUGAUCCUGAUGACGUCAAGGUCCUCACGGGGGGCAUCAGGGCCGCCAUAGCUUUGAGCAAAACCCGCGCGAUGCGCAGAAUCGGCUCGCAGUUGGUUGACCUUGUAAAUCCGGUCUGCCGGGAACACGAGUAUGACUCGGAUCCCUAUUGGGAAUGUGCACUUCGCACUUUGACCCUGAACAUCUACCAUUAUUCUGGUACCUGCAAGAUGGGACCUGAGAAAGAUCCCACGGCUGUUGUUAACCCGAGACUACAGGUGAUCGGUAUCGAUGGACUUCGAGUGGCGGACGCGUCUAUAAUGCCCGAGAUUCCAUCGGCUCAUACAAAUAUACCAACUUACAUGAUUGCCGAAAAGUUGGCGGACAUGGUCAAACAGGACUGGGGUUAUCCCACGGAUCCACUUCCAUGAUGAUAACCAGAUGAGAUCGCCAACGGACGUCGAGAUGUCUGUGAUUCACCACACGUGUCACGCACAUGUGUAGAACAUUCGGUGACAAUGUGCUUUCGCGUGCAUACAAAUCCUCAAAGUGAAAUCGCAAGGGAAAUCGGACUGCAUUCUUGUGUCUGUAUCUACAAAUAACGUGUAAUAUUACAAAGUCGAAUAUAAACUGGUACCGUCGUCAUUGCUCGGUCACAGCAGUUAUAGCUACGAGAGACAUUCCGCGGUUGUCGCGUUAUCGUGUUAGCCGUAAUUUGGUGAAAACAAUUAAAUCGAAUAUGAAUUUUA